AUGGCCCAAGAGGAGCUUCGACCUAGCGCAGCUCGCUCUCCAUGGCGACAACUUGGUCAUGUGUCCAGAGUGAUUUUAAUAAUUGUCGGUCUACCAUACACUCUCAUCGCGGCUCUCAUUUGCCGGCCUCACCCGAAGUGGACGUUCAGACAGACUCUCAGUGCACGCUUGAUUCGGAAAUACUCGGACGCGUUCGGUCGGGCUGGUGUCAGUGCAAACCUCACACUAGACCCUCGCAAACAAGGAGAAAGAUUCCAAGUUGUCGACCCAGCGCAAUUCUCAGAGUCAUUCUAUCAAGGUCCUGCUGUGAGCUCAACUGUUGCACCAUCAAAGGUCGGGGGAACUUGGUAUCCCAAGAAGCCCGAGAGCCUAGAAGGCCGGAUCUUUCUCUGGAACCACGGCGGUGCCUUCGUCAUGGGCGAUUCUCGAGAGCUGUUCUGUGGCUUCCUCGCGAAGGUGCUUCUUGAGCACGCAGGGGCUGAUGCCGUCUUCUGUCUCGAAUACCGUCUCUCCGGAUACGCCAAAAAUCCAUUCCCGGCUGCGCUGCAAGAUAUGAUCUCAGCAUAUGCUUAUCUUACAGAGACGCUGAAGAUCCCUUCAACUUCGAUCACCAUUGGUGGCGAUAGUGCUGGAGCAAACCUGUGCCUAGCCUUUCUCCGGUACGUUGAGGGGCAUAAUACUGGCAUCAAGCCACCCAGCUCUGCGGCUCUUGUCUCACCAUGGGUCAGCCCUCUCGAGUCAUUGAGUCCUACACGCACAUACCAGAAUGAGAAGGCUUAUUCGACCGACUACCUUGCGAUGUCGAGCUUGCAAUUCGGUGCCAAUGCGUAUGCUCCUUCGCUGGAAAUUGAUGGCUCAGCUAUUCCAUACAUCGAGCCUCUUGGUCACUACUUCGCCACCAGCGUUCCUAUCUUUGCCCACUAUGGCGAGUGUGAGAUCUUGGGUCCUGGUAUUGUGGCUUGGGCUGAGGGCAUGCGAGACGUUUCUGGCAACGAGGUCGAACUAUUUUGCGAGGAAGAUGUACCGCACGACACCAUUGCCUCAGGAAACCUGUUGGGCUGGGAAGAAAGUGCGUACGGGGUCGGAUCCAAGAUCGGUGCCUUCGUACGCGCCCACAGCAAGAACACACACACUUAA